AUUUUCGCGCCUUUUCCACCUUCUAUCUGACAAUGCCAGCUGAACAUGAACAGCUGACUUGUCACCUGUUCAUGUUUGUUCACAUUUAAAGAUAUUCGAUGAGAUUUGAUAUUGAUUUGAGAGUUGAUAUUUAAUGAUGAGUCGAUCCUAUCAAAUUUAAUGAUGGAUACUCGUCGCUUUCUGUGCAAAACACCACGUAUUGAAAACGAAAUUAUGUGCCUGUUGCAAUGGAUGGAAAGGGAUAAAAUUGAAGGAGGAAAUGCAUUAGGCAUUGAUUUGCAAGUUUCAAAGCAAAAACUUGACUUCCUAAAUGAAAGCAAGCUUUGCAUGAUUCCCAUCAUUGAGACAAUCCUCCUUUGUGGCCGGCAAGGGAUUGCUCUUCGAGGUUCCAAGGAUACAAGAAGACUUGGUGAAGAAGAACCGAUAAUAAAUGAUGGAAAUUUUCGGGCUCUCUUGAGAUUCCGCGCAAAAACUGAUGAGCAGUUACAGAAGCAUCUGAGGGAUUCACCAAAAAACGCUAUGUACAUAAGCAAUCGAAUUCAGAAUGAAUUAAUCAAUAUUUGUCACGAUCUGAGCAUGUGUUGCAUUGUUGAUCGGGUAAACAAUUCGAUGGGUUUUUCUUUUCUUGGAGAUGACACGCCGGACAUUGUAGGAGUUGAACAAAGUUCAAUAUGCAUUCGAUAUUUGGAGAAAUGCGACGGCAAGUUUAUCGUUCGAGAAGAUUUUCUGUGCUUUAUUCCUAUCACAGAUUUUACUGGAAAAGGAAUAGGAAUUUCUUAUCUCGAUUUUUUGGAAUCUUCCGGGCUUAAUUGCAAGUACUUCUUCGGACAAGGUUAUGAUGGGGCGAGAGCGGUUAGCGGGGAAUUUCAUGGAGCACAAGCUGUAAUCAGAAAGACCCGUCCACUCGCGCUUUACUCUCAUUGUGCUGCUCAUACCUUCAAUUUGGCAGUCAGCUCUGCAUGCAAUACCACAGCCAUCAGAAACAGUCUCGGAACUCUAGAAAAUGUUCAUACCUUCUUUGUGUACCCUAAACGCCAAAACGCUCUCCAAGAUGCGAUCAACGAAAACGAAAAACUGAAAGAAAGUCGCUUGAGAAAAUUAAAAAAGUUCUGCAAAACCAGAUGGACAGAACAACAGAUGGACUGUUGCAACUUAUUUGCAUCUACAACCAGCAGUGAUUCGCGCCCUUGAAGUGAUUUCGACCACCUUGAAGGACCCAACGACUUCAUCUGCUAUUGCUCCUUUCAGCUAUAAAGACAGCAAAUUUUCAGAUUUCCAUGCAAGUUUUGGGUUCGGUACAAUCUGUGACUCUGUCUCUGAGUCGAGUACUACAAACUGAAAACCAAGAUCUUGGCGAAGCUAUUGAAUUGGCUGAUGCUGCAAAGCAGGUUUUGAUUGACAGAAGAGAAAACGCUGAAGAGAACUUCAAAGAAAUUUUCAGUACUGUGAGUGAAAUUGGGAAAAAAUACGAAAUAGAAUUGCGGAAGCCGAAUUGUCCAAACCGAGUCAGUUGAGGAUUACUUCCGCAUUACAGUCUACAUACCAUACAUUGAUUUAUUUUUGACUCAUCUGGAAGAUCGAUUUUUCAAUCAUUUGCAAGAUUCUAUCAAAUUUUGCUUGUCUCUUCCCCAACAAACUGAAAAAUUUCGAUAAAGAUUCUUGCACCCAGUUAUUCCAACCAUAUUCUGCAAUUUUGCACGACGAUGAUUCCCCUGACAUUUGGAUCGACGAAGUUCAACUUUGGCGUAAAUACAUUGCCGGACACAACGUCAGAAAUUCAAUGGAAGCACUCGAUAUGUGUAAUAAAGAUGCUUCAAUGUCCAUAAAAUGCUUCGCAUUUUGGCAGUUUUGCCAGUAACAACAGCUACUAAUGAACGUUCUUUUUCAACAUUACGUCGUCUCAAACCGUACCUCAGGUCGACAAUGUCUGAAGACCGGCUAAAUGGUCUAGCCUCGUUCAACAUUCAUCGCGAUGUCAAGGUCGACACGCAAAAAGUUUUGGAAAAGUUUUUUUCUGUACCCCGCAGAGUCAACUUAUUGACAAAUUGUA